AUGGCUGUAUCAUCAGAAAGUGUAAUGAAUCCUGGCCUCAAUGACCCUGUAACCAAAGCUGUAGUAGAUAAUAUAAUGGGAAAUUUACCCACAAAGAAACCUCUUGUUCGUUGUGAUGACUGUGAUCUUUCUUUUACGAGUCAAACAGUAUUAGAUACACAUUUGCAAGGGGCACGUCAUGCUAAACAGAUUAGAUCGAAAAAUAUAAUGGCAUCUCUUGAAGAAACAAAAGUAGCAUUUACAAAAGAUGAAGAAACAAAUGGACUGAAGUGCAAUGUGUGUAAUGUGUGUCUGAACUCAAUACAACAACUUCAAACACAUUUGAAUGGUAUUUUAUGA